AUGUGUCUUCCAGGUGAACGACAGCCAUUGACCGACAAGAACAAAAGCGACCCGGGAAACUUGGGAAAUAGCCUCGAUCCUGUGUUUCAACCCGUGAAAUUGGGAGUUCAGUGCAGAUAUUCAUUCAUUUCUUUACGUUAUGAGCGUCAAAAAUAUCGGGCGAAACCAGUCCGUGAAUGGGUAUUUUUGUGGUUAUCGGCGGAGAAAAUAGUCGAUUUACAGAAUACGGAUGCUGAUGAAUCGAGUGAGCUGCAAGUCCUAAGCACCAUUGAAGAUGGUCCGGUUAUUAAGGUGAGUCAAAUGCUUCCAAAUACUGAUGACUCUCAGGGUUUGGUCACAACACCUAUUCAUACAGUUCAUGUUGCUCUGGGUAGAUACCAAGAGAUCAUGAAACGGUAUUUCACGUUGGCUUACACGCUAGAUGGCCAUGCUAAUACUGAUCCAGCUGGAUUCUUUCUGCGUGUUUUGUUUCUUCCGAGGUCGAAUUUACUGACCAAAUGGUCCGUGGUUCGAACUAGACCCCUUCCUCUCGACUUCCUCUGUCUAGGCUUGGGCAACCUGGCAGUAUCUCAGCUCUCGUUCUUCCGUCAAGUUGCAUGGCAGAUAGGCACCGGAAGAGUAAUCCAUCUGAUUUAUUUAUUCCAGUACACUGGGUCGCCCAGGCUGAAGAAGAGCACACUGACAUUUUUCUCAUUGACUGGCGUGGAGUGUCUGACAGAUUACACACCUAUGGAAGAAUAUCAGAACCCCAGAAUUGAUGGAAUCCGUGCACUCUAUAGUUUGAUUGAUCAGUUAUCCUCCGGUCCUCCGGGUAAAAGGGAAAUCCCCAUGUACGGCCUUUCCAUCCUGACACGGUUACUGACGGAGGAACUUGGUGGAAAUUGCUGUACCAGAGUGAUUCUUAGCAUCCCACCCAGCCCCAGUCCACAAAUUCACGCAGCGCUACUCCAUAUGGCAUCAGGACUAACUCGAAUAACAAACGCACCUGUUCUGAACGACGAGUCUGCACUGCUAUUGGCAUCCCGGUAUAGGGAAAUGAACUUCUUCCUGGAAGAUGUCUUCCAUCGUCAGCAUUCCAACAUAUGUGGCUUCCCGGACCCUACAAGAGUUCCGGAACCAUCGGCAAUAGAAAAUUCUCAAAACUUGCGUUAUCAUAUUGAUGAUCUGAAUGGUCGUCUUCAACGGCUAAAUGAAGAGGUCGCGCAUGCAACUGAAGAACGAGUCAGAAUUUCCAAACUCUGGCUUACCAGUGAAGAAGACAGAGUGAUAAUUGCAGAUAAAUUUGCAGCCUCCGAAGUGCAAAUACAGGAGCUGCGGAUCAAAAACCAAGAAUUGGAAUCCAUAGCAGCGAAGGCACUCGAGGCAUCUAAACGAGCUGUCGAAUUGAAACGCGCCAACGAUUUAUUGAAUAACUACUGCUCUGAGCUUUAUUCGAAAUUGGACCAAUGCCAAAACGAACUAGAAUAUUCGGCCACACAAAACGAGGAGCUCAGUCGUGAACUUGUUCAUCAAAUGGCAAAACAGAAAACCCUGUUGAAUCGCUUGGUUAGGGGAACAGAGGACAAAGAUUUACAAGCAGAGAUGGAAAACGAACUAAAACGCAUUGAAACAAUGAUUGACCCGACGAUCGCUUCACGCAAUACUCCACUGACAGCAAAG